AUGGGCUUAGGCUGCUGUAAAGAGAGGAUGGAUAAAGUUGCCCCUGUGCAUGCGUUCAAGAAUCAGGCCCCAAGAGUGCUUCGAAAGGUUCUUGGAGCCUUAGGAAGCACCUUGCAUGAGAGAGAGAAGGCUUGGGUUUCCUACGAGAAACAGAGGCUCAAAGUAAGGGGAAGAGAGAGUUUUUGGGAGAAUUUGUUGAGGGGAGAGAGGAAGAGAUGA